GUGGGCCGAGGCCGCCGUGAGGGGCUGCGGGCAGCGCGGCCGGGAUUCGUCCUGAGCAGCGCCGCGCUGCUCAGCAGAAUGGUUGCCUGGGGAAAACAGCACUGCUGUGUUGGCAGAAUACAGGAUGUUUUCUUGAGAUUCAGAAUUGUUCAAGCAGUCCUUUUACUUCAGUUGUUCUUGGCUACAGCAAGCAAAGAUCAGGAGGAUUUCCUAGGGCGAUACAAAGCCGUCUUUAAGACUGCAUGUGAAGAUCCUUGGAGUAUGUCUUCAAGAAUUUCUCUGCAUCCCUUGCGAGAAUUCCUUGUCUGUGUGCACCUCAAGCUGUAUUCCUCAAAUAGUCCAUGGACAGCAUAUGUAUAUGCAGAAAAAACUCUUCACACCAAUCUCUCUGCAAAUAAGUAUGAUCUUGGACUUACAGGAGAUCAUGGUAAAUUGAAGAUAUGGUUGUUUGGAAAACAAAUAAAUACUGCAGUAAGACUUCGUAAAAACACUUGGAACCAAAUAUGUAUCCAGUGGAAAAGUGACAAUGAGGAGAUGAAGGUAUUCAUAAAUGGAACAGAAAAAUUACACAAGAAACUAAAUGGGAAAGUCAAUUUGCCUGGAAAAGGCCAGUUUUUACUUGGCUGUUCAAAGCUGCAAGGUACAGCUGCAUCACCUGGCCAGGGUAUGACUGGGGAGCUGUACCUGUUCAGAAUGUGGGACAAGGCAAAUAUAACACAAUCUAAGGACUGCCAGGAUAGUGGUGUUAUACGCUGGAGAAAGGAGGAUUGGACCUAUAACACAACAGUAGAAGAGGAUGACUCUUUACAAUGUGUUGAAACUACUGCUACGCUGCCUAGCAGAAAAAUAACAGAUUCAGAAGAAUCAGCUGCAACUACAGUUUUUGAUAUGUCUUCAGAGGAGACUACACAAAGUACAGAAACCCUUACAACAACUGAUUAUUACUCCACCAUAACACCAGCAGGAGAAACCAUUGUAUGCAACGUAACACGUGCCUGUAAUUAUUCAGUGUUCUAUGUGGGCAAGGUAAAACUGCGGGCAAGUGAGGAAAGUAACGCAUCACUAAAUGUAGAAAUAAUUGAUAACAUAACCACCCACAAUCAAGUCAAAAAAGUAAUUGAAAUUCCAGCACAUACCCCACAAGAACUGAGCAUUUCAGAGUUCAACAAAACCUUGCGAGCAGUAAGUGAGUCCUCUGUUAUGGAAUGCAGUGCAGACAACCAGAGUACACACUGCAAUUUUAUAAUGAAGCUGGCUGAGAGAGAGAAUAUAAGCAGUUUAACGGAAAAAGUAAAAAUAAGUCAACUUGAUCGGUGCUGCUGUUCAUCACUGAAGUAUUGUUCCUUGACUGCUGAAGAAUUACAAAUGUAUACUAUACAAGUGCCACCUCAUCUUAUAUGGGUUCCUUCCUCUCAUUCUCCUUCUCUGUCUAAAAAGACUUUCCUCAAUUCUAAUUCUUUUUUCCCCCCCACUAUACUUUCUACUGAACAAAGCCCCACAAUUAGACCACUGAUCCCACCAUUCACAGAAAUUUAUUUUUCUGGAACUCUUUCCACAUCUCCCCUUACAGACCCUCUCUCUGAAAAUUCUAUGCCUUCCACCAGUGUUACCACUACACAUUCCUCUUCCGAGUCUCUUGCUCAACCUACUAUGCCAACUUUUUCUUUCAUAACUUCCAACAAAUCCAUCACUGUUCCCAUACCUGCUACAAAAUCUGUUACUAAUGCUGCUUUCUCAAUUAAAUCUGACGCUGCACUCCUUAACAAGACUUCUACAAUACUUCCUCCUUCUGGAGGUUUCACUAAACAUUCUUCACUUUCUUCUUCUGAGCCUCACAAACUUCCAAUUGUAAGUCACCACUUUGAGGCUAGCACCAGAUCAGUUGCACAAAUUCCCCCUAUUCCAAGCCAACCUAUAUCCCGUCCCAAAAAUGUUAGUACAGUACCUAUUGUUCCCCUUACUCCUUUCACAAUAUCUUUGACCCCUACUGCUAGUCCUGGCAACCAUUCUGUCUCAGCUUCUCAUCCUACUGCUGAUGGCCAUGGGAUCCCAGGAAAAACCAUUUCAGCUACCACAAAAGUGACUUCUGUGCACACCACCAUUAGUAUCGCGACAGCUGAACAAAUUGUGUCCAAAAUAGAAAAUGAUUUAGCAGCUGGAAAAGUAGAGCCAAAAGAUGUAGAAAGGAUGGUUGGUGAGGUGAGCAGUAUCCUCACUGCUUCUCAGCCAUUACCACCACGAAUUUCUAACAGAAUUAUAAAACUGGUGGAUUAUAUUGGCUUAAAACUAAACUUAUCAACAUCAUUGGCUGAAUUUGUCUCCCCUUCCCUGGCUCUGGCAGUUGUCAAUACAAACAGAAUCCGUUCCAGCCAGAUGUCUUUUGCUGUCCAGGACUCAGCUGAUCUCCAGAUAUCUCUAGGAGUUCAGGCAAUUCAGAAUUUAAAUAAUCUUGGAUCAAUUACACUUCCUUCAUCUUUGCUGAAGAAUUUACCCACUGCAGAGUUGGACUUGGCUUCUAGAAUUAUAUUCAACUUCUUCAAAAAGACCACUGUGUUCCAGGAUCUGUCCUUGAAGAAUGCAUCUUUAAUCAGUGGUGUUAUAUCAUCAAGUGUUGCUAACCUCACAAUUAGCAACUUAAUGGCAAAUGUUACUGUCAUUUUGCAGAAUAUCAGACCUAAUCAGGAUAAUUCCACAGUUAGAUGUGUUUUUUGGGACUUUAAUAAAAAUGGUGGACAUGGAGGCUGGUCAUAUGAAGGCUGCACAGUUAAAGAAAGUAGAGUAAAUGAAACAGUCUGUUCAUGCAAUCAUCUCACAAGUUUUGCAGUUUUGAUGGACUUGUAUGGAAAUACCCCUUUGAAUCCCACACAAGAAUUGGUACUGACUUUUAUAUCAUAUAUAGGCUGUGGCCUCUCUGCAAUUUUUCUUUCUGUUACUCUUGUGACCUACAUAGCCUUUGAGAAAAUCCGGAGAGACUACCCCUCCAAAAUACUAAUUCAGUUGUGUGCUGCAUUACUUCUACUCAACUUAGUUUUUCUCCUUGACUCAUGGAUUGCGCUGUAUGAUACACGAGGCCUAUGCAUUGCAGUUGCAGUAUUUCUUCACUAUUUCCUCUUGGUUUCCUUCACCUGGAUGGGCCUGGAAGCUUUCCACAUGUAUCUGGCCCUUGUGAAAGUCUUUAACACCUAUGUACGGAAAUACAUUCUUAAAUUUUGUGUUGUUGGUUGGGGGUUGCCAGCAGUAGUUGUGUCCAUUGUGUUGGCAGUAUCACCAGAUAAUUAUGGACUUAUAACCACUGGAAAGGUUUCAAUCAAUGGACCUGAUGAAUUCUGCUGGAUCAAAAAUAGAAUUGUCUUCUAUAUUACUGCUGUGGGAUACUUUUGCCUGAUAUUCCUGAUCAAUAUCAGCAUGUUCAUUGUUGUGCUGAUCCAGCUCUGUCGUAUCAAAAAGAAGAAACAACUCGGUGCUCAAAGGAAAACCAGUAUUCAAGACCUUAGGAGUAUUGCUGGCCUCACAUUCUUGUUGGGAAUUACUUGGGGGUUUGCUUUCUUCACAGUAAAUGAAGUAUUUACUUACCUCUUUACCAUUUUCAACACUUUGCAAGGGUUCUUCAUUUUCAUCUUCUAUUGUGUAUCAAAGGAGAAUGUCCGUAAACAGUGGAGAAGAUAUCUUUGUUGUGGGAAAUUCAGGCUGGCUGAAAACUCUGACUGGAGUAGAACUGCUACGAAUGGUUUAAAGAAGCAGACUGUAAAUCAAGGAGUAUCUAGUUCUUCCAAUUCCUUACAAUCAAACAGUAACUCCACUAACUCUACAACACUGCUAAUGAAUAAUGAUUAUUCAGUCCAUGCAAAUGGAAAUGGCCAUCUUCCCAGUGAGAAGAAUGGUGUUUGUUUCAGUGUACAGAAUGGUGAUGUGUGUCUCCAUGACUUUUCAGGCAAACAACUUGUAUUUCAAGACAAGGAUGAUACUGGCAGCCAAGAAAGCCAAAUCUCACUUAGAAGGACUUCAAAGAGAGGAAGCCUAAGUUCUAUGGAGAAAAUGUGAUUUCCUUUUAUACAGCACAUUGUUUUACAGUGUGGAGUUUUACUUUAAUAGUUUUACAUAAUGUGAGCAGACCAAGAACUGGUUUUAUUUAAUAUAUGGUACUGGAACUUCAAGGCAGCCAUAAAAUGGAUUGACAAGGACAAUUAUUUUAAAAAAAAAGGAACCUACUAUUUUGACAAGAUCCUGGGAUGUCAUAUUAUAGCUGGCACACUUUUUGUUUCUUCAUCAGAAUGGGGUUUUUUAAGGGUUUUUUACAUUUAAACAAAAGUUUUAUUUAGACUUUUUUCAUUACAAUUAAGUUUAUCUGGAUAUAGUGCUUAGUAGUAUUGUAUAAAUGUAGAAAGUUACAACUUGUGCAUACAAACGAUGUUAACUUUAAAAAUGUUAGCUACGCUGUCUUCAACUUUUUGUAUGUUUUAGUAGCAAACUCUGCAGUGAUGUACAUAAGCAGAAGAUAUCAACCUUUAAGCAUCUCAAUUAUACUUUUAUAUUUAUUUCUUGUAAUAUAAAUAUAACUAUGUAUAGAAAAACAAUUGGUAUUUUGUUUGUAACUUUUAUUGUAAGUUUGCAUUUUUCUUUAGUUAGCUAACUUUAACAUAGAACGGUACAAAAGUUAAUUUGUCCAGUAAGUGGAUCACUUACAGUGGUUUGAGUAUAAUCACUAGAUGCAGAACUGUAAAUAUCAAACACAAUCAGUCUAGAACCUUUAGCUACCUUUUCGUACACCACAGAGGGAUAGAAAUUGAGUAUAAUUCAAGUAGAGUGCCAUGAAUAGAGUAUUAAAUAAAGUAGUCAGUAGGUUAUUAAGUGGAACUAAGUUGUGUUAGUGGCUUGAGUGAACUCAUCAGUUUUUGACAUUGAUUUCACCAGGGUCAGUAUUUAUCUUGAAUGGUGGGACACUGCCAUUGCAAUUUCUCAGUUGCAAUGAUGAAAGGAGAGAAGUUUGGGGAGGGCAAAUUGAAGAAAAAAUAUAAAUAAUAAAUGACAGCUGCUAUAUUUAGUAGCUGAGAAAGUGUUUGUUUCAUUGUAUGGUUGUUUUUGAGGGGCAGCUCUUGAGCUAUUCUAAUGAGUAUUUCUGCUUGUGCUUUGGCUCUUGGUUGGCAAACCACAUACUGAGGUGUUACCUCAGUAAUUGCUGAAGCAAAAUUUCAUUCCUCUUGUGAUAUUUACCUGAAAAAAAUGGAUUUUGGCUCUUCAUGUAAAACAGAUGAAAAUCUGUACAACAUCAUGAAGAUUCCUCCUGAACAGAAUUUGGCCUAAGUCCUGGUUUUACUUCUUCCUCACACAUAUGUGCAGCUGGGACCACUGGUUUUUUUUUUAAAUUUUCAUUCUUGGGCAAAAGUUGGAUGCUCCCAAAGCAAGCUAGGACAAACUGGUGGCAGAGUACCAGGCCCUGUAAAGAGGGCUGCAUGAAGCAGGUGCAUGCUGAAGGGGAGCCAGGGCUCUGCUUUCCCAGUGGGGAGGGCUCAGUGCUGCGCUCUGGAAAUAAUCUCCUCAA